AUGGCGGAUCAACUCGCAAAUCAGCUCGAGNNGGCACCUCGCUCAAACGGCAACUGGAGGUCAGGACUCAAGGUACCUGCCAAGGAUGGCAGAGUCCAAACAGAAGAUGUUACCGCGACCAAGGGUCUUGAAUUUGAAGAUUUUUACCUCAAGCGCGAAUUGCUCAUGGGCAUUUUCGAGUCUGGCUUUGAAAAGCCUUCGCCCAUCCAAGAAGAAGCUAUCCCCGUUGCCCUUACCGGCAGAGACGUACUCGCCCGCGCAAAGAACGGUACUGGAAAGACCGCCGCUUUCAUCAUUCCUACCCUCGAACGUGUCAACCCCAAGAACAGCAAGAUCCAGGCCUUGAUCCUGGUACCUACGCGAGAACUAGCUCUCCAGACUUCGCAGGUGUGCAAGACGCUUGGAAAACAUCUUGGCGUCAAUGUCAUGGUCACUACCGGAGGUACUGGCCUCAAGGAUGACAUUAUCCGCUUAAACGAGGCUGUACAUGUCCUCAUUGGUACACCUGGCAGAAUAUUGGAUCUUGCCAGCCGUGGUGUCGCCGACCUGUCGACCGCCCAGACAUUUGUCAUGGACGAGGCCGACAAGCUCCUUUCUCCCGAGUUCACCACGACUAUCGAUCAGUUGCUCUCGUUCCACCCUCCGGACCGCCAGGUUAUGCUCUUCUCGGCCACUUUCCCCGUCAUUGUUAAAGAAUUCAAGGACAAGCACAUGAAGGAUCCCCACGAAAUCAACCUCAUGGAUGAGUUGACACUACGUGGUAUCACUCAGUACUACGCUUUCGUUGAGGAGAAGCAAAAGGUGCACUGUCUCAACACCCUCUUCUCGCGUCUGCAGAUCAACCAGUCCAUCAUCUUCUGUAACUCAACCACUCGUGUUGAGCUUUUGGCAAAGAAGGUUACUGAGCUCGGCUACUCAUGCUUCUACUCUCACGCACGCAUGCUGCAACACAACCGUAACCGCGUCUUCCACGACUUCCGUGCUGGCCACUGCCGUAACCUUGUCUGCUCCGAUCUUCUCACCCGUGGUAUCGAUAUUCAGGCUGUGAACGUUGUCAUCAACUUCGAUUUCCCCAAGAACGCCGAGACUUACCUUCACCGUAUCGGUCGUUCUGGUCGUUUCGGUCACCUUGGUCUCGCUAUUAACUUGAUCAACUGGGAGGACCGCUUCAACCUCUACAGAAUUGAGCAGGAGUUGGGCACUGAGAUCAAGCCCAUUCCUCAGCACAUCGACAAGGGUCUGUACGUCUACGACACUCCCGAGAACAUUCCUCGUCCUAUCACCAGCGCCCCUCAAUUGCAGCAACAGCCCCAAGAGCGCCGUCAACACCACCAGCAAGGCUACCGUGGUGGCCGUGGUGGCAACUACCAGGGUCAGCAAGGUCAGAGAAGAGGACCUCCUCGCAACCAGUACCCCUCUCAGGGCGGUCAGGGCGGUUUCCAGCAACAACAAGCUCAAUACAACCAGCAAGCUUUCGGCGCACCACCGCUGCAGCAGCAGCAACAGCAAGCCCCUUCUUACCCUCAGGGUGGCUUUGCUCAGCCCAACGCUUUCCCUACACCUCAAAGUUUCCCUCAGCCCCAAGGACAGCAGCCUAGUAGGUAA